AGUGUCACUGCCUGGCUGAGGAGAAAAGGACCCCUUGACACCCACACCAAUUGUACUUGACCAACCUCCUUAGGUUUAUUAUUGGAGACAGAACAGAGGUGUACUUGUUUCAUUGAUGCAAUGAAAAUGAAAUCGGAGACAUGUUUCUGUUGCUGGAAAUAGAAGAAGAAAUAGGAGAUGGAGAGAGUAUGGGAAUACUUGGUCAGGGCUGCAUGAUCAUUUACCAGUUUGUAAAUCAGAGAUGGCCAGUAAUGACCGAUUUGCCGUAUAAUACAGAAUUGAUUUUAAUCUUGACCACCAAUCUGAACUAAAUUGAUGGGCCAUUAGUCGAGAUCUAGGGGACCUUUUAACUGUUCCUGAUACUGACUUGUAUCCCUAUACUCUUACCUUAAUCAUGCCCAUUAUGGGGAGAGUAUUUAAUCUCUCAGAUCUUUGCAGAUCAAUGGUUUAUCAUCAUGCCUGGCCAUAUUUUGUCAAUAUACCUUGAUCAGCUUGAUAUUACAUGCAAGUACUUUCAAGUAUUUGGUUUAUAGAGAUGUAGUGUAUUUUUGAUCUACACCACCUGUUCAGCCAUUACUUACAUAUGAUAAAGAUCAGUUUAUAGUUACAUUUCUGCUGUAGUGUAUAAGUUCUACAUGUCUGCUAUGAAUCAGACAGUGUAUUGAUGUUAAUGACACUCUGCAGGUACUUUGUCCCUGCAGUGGUUGGUGCUAGGUCAUCCUGACUCUGGUGUGCCCCGGCCCCCUCAUGUUUUUGCCUUGUCAUGUUUCUGAUAUAAUAAUCAUGUCUCGUUACCUUGCUCUGUCCAAUAAAUUUGUCUUCUCGUUAUGCAUACACAAAUAACCAUUGUGUUGCAUACACAUCGAUGGGUCAUCGAGACUUGGACAGUCUAAAUGGCUGUAUUGUUUUGGUUCUGUCAACUAAUACUUGGAUAUGCCUAAUUCUUAUAAAUAUGUAGCAAUUUCUGAUUGCAUGAGUGUGGUAAUGUUAUAAAUAAAAAUAACUAAAACCCAAAGUCAUGAAAAGUCAUGAUCCUUUUUGGUCAAAACAGUAUAUAGUCUCUUCUAAAAUAAUGCAACUUGAGCAACGCCUUUCACUAAUACCAAGUGAAGGUCAACAAUUAUCAAGGGAUACCUCCGCUAUUGUACUCCCUUAUACAAAGCAGCUACUUGUUAGGAGAAUGUAGAGCCACUUGAAAAGUUUCCGGACUGGUGAAAUGACCUCAUGCACCUAUAUUUCAUGCACAAACAUUUAACAUACUGGGCACAAAAGUUGGUUGAUGGUGGUGGCUUUGUUGUAAUACUUGCUGCAAUCAUGGACAACACCUUCGUCAAUUCGUUGAAGAGAACCAUGAGUCUGGGACGUUUAAGUCGCAAACGCAAUCGGGAAAUUAAUGUUGACAGCCAAAGCGAACUUUCUGAACAGAAAAGUAGUUUCGUGUGUAAAUGUACCAUUGUAACUGCAGAAAAUCAACAAACAUGGAACAUCAUUAAUUCGCGGAUUCGUUCCUCGAGAUCCCAUGAAUCUCUGCUGACCAGUUCAGUGACCAUGCAUUCUAUCGACCUGACUUCCCAGGACAUAGAUGUGAAGCCCCUACACAACAGUGUUCUGGGCAAGGAGCACUGUUUCCAAGUGGCCACCAGUCAUGGAAGCAAAUAUAUUUCCUGUCGGACAUCCGAGGAAAGACAGAAAUGGCUUGGAAGUUUGAGAAAAACAGUUCAGCCAAAUCAAGAGAAUAUGCGGAGGACGGACAAUUCACUAAAGCUGUGGAUUAAGGAGGCCAAAAAUGUACCAUGUAAAAAACGAUAUUAUUGUGAGAUAUGCCUUGAUCAGACUCUAUAUGCACGCACAUCCAGCAAGACAAAGUCAGACAUGCUGUUCUGGGGUGAACAUUUUGAAUUCAAUAAUUUGGACCCAGUGCAAAUAGUGACUGUAAAUUUAUACAGAGAGGCAGACCUAAAGAAGAAGAAAAAGGACAAAAAUACUAAAAUAGGAUAUAUUAAUAUACCCGUAGAAGAAAUAAAUGGCCGACAGUUUGUUGAGAAGUGGUUCACUGCAAGUUCUGGAACUGUCGGCAAAACAGGAAAGGAGAGCAAGGGUGAUCUUCCAUUAGUCCGCCUCAGAUUGCGAUAUCAGACAGUUCACAUACUCCCGAAAGAUUUAUACCAAGAUUUCACACAGUAUCUGACGACGGACUACUAUACGCUGUGCGAGGUCAUGGAGAGUCUUGUGAGUGUACGCGACAAGGAGGACAUUGCCUCCACGCUAGUCCACAUCAUGCAGAAGCUUGACAAAGCCAAGGAGUUCCUGACUGAAGUAAUCAUUGGAGAGGUGCUUAAACAAGAUAAUCAGCAUUUAACAUUCAGAGGGAACAGUAUUGGUACCAAGGCAAUGGAAGCCUAUAUGAAAUUAGUGGGAGAAAAGUAUUUGAGAGAUACUCUGGGGGACUUUGUCCUCACCAUGGUUAAUACUGAGGAUGACUGUGAGGUGGACCCAGGGAAACUGACCAACCCCGCCAACAUUGACAAUCAUCAACAGCUUUUGGACAUGUACUGUAAUAUGGUGUGGACCAAAAUCAUUAGCUCUUCUUGCUACUUUCCGAGUGAGUUGCGAGAAGUUUUUGCCAGCUUCCGAUCAAGGUGCGACAACAAUGGAAAAACAGAAUGUGGAGAUACGUUGAUCUGCGGCUCCAUAUUCCUACGGUUUCUCUGCCCUGCCAUCUUAUCACCUAGUCUCUUUAAUCUCAUCCAAGAAUUCCCUCCAGAAAAAGCUGCCAGAAAUUUGACCCUCAUUGCCAAAACCAUCCAGACUCUUGCCAACAGUACCAAAUUUGGUGGGAAAGAAGAGUACAUGGAGUUCAUGAAUGAUUUCAUUGAGAAGCAUGACGGGAGUAUGAAAGAUUUCUUGGAUCAAAUCUCGGGUGACAGCAAUGGUAACCAUCUAUUGGACUACGAUGGUUAUAUAGAUCUGGGCAAGGAGCUCUCUCUUCUUCAUAUUCUGCUCACAGAAAACUUGGAGAAGGCCAAUCAAGAUGCGAAGAUGAAACUUGGUCAAUUACCCAGCAUUCUUAGUAAGAUCACCUCAUCCAUAGAUGAUCCUGAAGUCGGUAAAAGUGUUAAAGUGCCAAACAAGAGGAAAUCUCAGAUAUAUGACAAUGUCAGUGGAAGCAUUCAGACUGGAUCCUCCCCCACAGAAAUUGUGCGCAACAUGUUGCGUCAGUUCGGUGAAGAUGAGAACAUCCCCGUCCUGGGAGCGCGACAUUCGCGUCAGGGGAGUCACUUCAGCAGCGGGCAGAGCACGAUGAGUGAUUAUAAUGACAAUGACGACGAGUAUGUGAUAAUCAAGCGUGUGCACGGUCACACGGACAAUGUGUCCAACGUCUCGGCCAACUCCCAGACGAUCACCAGUCAUCACAGUGUAAAUCAGAAAUGGAACGAUAUUGUGAACGCAGCUGAAGGGAGUUCAGGCGAUUACAUUGACCUCAUGUCGCUCUUGAAUGACGACUACCAAAACUCAUCCAUGGAGCUGGAGCAUGAUAUCAACGGAAGUCAGAUGUCGAUUAGUCAGGUGUCCAAUGUGACGUCUGGAUACCAGUCGUAUGGCUACAGCCAAUCAAGUUCUCCCGUCGAUUCGUCCAAUAAUGUGGAAGGAAGCACCAGACCUUCCCAAUCCAACAGUCUUCAGCCACUGUCUUUCUCCAAUCCCAUGUACCGAUACAAACACAUGGCAUCCUCAUCCUACAGUAGUUCUAGUCAGUGUGUAACUCCCUCCCCUGGGACCCAGGGGUCGGCCAGCUCGGGGUCCCUAAGCAGUGAGGAGGAUGCCAGUGUAGUCCGAAGUAGAAAUCCCAAACCGUGUCGUCCAAACGUGUGUGAUAAACCCUGUGAUCCGUUACGGAACCUUGCACCCAAACUCUCGAGUUCCAGCAGCUCUGAAUCUCUCAAUGAAGUGGAGAGACACAGAAUGUACUCAAAUGGCAGAGACUCUUCUCACAAAAAAGAGCCUGACUUUCACAGUUCGUGUCCCUCUAAUGUGUUUGACGAUUUACACAACAGCAAUUAUGAAAAUACUCAAGGAUACUCAUUAAGUCGUGCCCCUACUCGCCCCAGUGAACUUUCUCAUACAGGAAGCAUGGACUUCUCACAGUUACGGCAAUAUAAUCGCUAUGGUGAUGGUUUAAGGCGGACUGCCACCGACUCCGUCAUCUCAAAGUCUUGCAGUUCUAGUCAGAGUGACGGUCAAGGGUCGACGGAAGAUAGUCCAUCGCAUCGCCGACUCUCUCCUCAAAACGCUGUUCAUAUGGGAAUUCGUUCAGUGCAAAGAAAAAUAAGUGAGCAAGAAAAAACAAAACAAGAGUACGAACAGGAAGUGACCUUGCUAAAACAGCAGUUGUACGAGGCCCAGCAGAGGUUACAGUUUGCGGAGGAAAAGCUGUACAAACACGAGGCCGAUUCUCACGAAGUGAUGGAGGAUUGGCAGUUUCGAUUGGAGGAGAGCGAAGAGCGAAUGCGUCGACAGCAAGCAGAAAAAGACGACCAAAUGAAGAAUAUUAUCACAAGGUUGAUGAAUGUUGAAGAUGAGCUUCGCCAUGACCAAGAAGAAAUGCAGAGCAUUGUGAAACAGAAGCAAAAGGUGAUCGAAGCCCAGGAGAGGCGCAUUAAAACUUUGGACAAUGCAAAUGCCAAACUGAUGUCCGCUCUUCAUCAGCUUCGAAGUGUCUCGCAGACCAAUAACAAUUCUAUGUUGGGACCACUGCGAUCAACCCUCAUCUCGCCUGAUGUGGCAGAGUUCAAAACGAGCUCCUGCUAAAAAUUUCUGUGGCUUUAAAAAAUUAUGUUCAAUCAUGGUCGCUCCCAUGUGAUUACUUGUGAUGUGCAUUGGUGCUUUUGUGACUCGAUGUGAAUAUUAUGAUUAUUAUUAUUAUUAAUAUGUGUUGAACAAAUGGCAUAUAAGACAGAGAGUGUGUUGAAUUGCUGUAGUUACAUAUAGUGCUCACUGUUUACAGGAUUACAGUAUUCCUGUAAAUGCUGUUUACUGUAAUAUUCCUGUAAACAUGAUGAUGAUGAAUCUAGCUGUGAUGAGAAGUGAAAAAGGUUGUGUAUUUUGGUGUAUUUAGAUAUGGUCCAAGGGACAUUACUCUAGUUUGUACAGAAAUCCAAAAAAAAUUAUUUGUGCAAUAUAUUUUGUGUGGAAUAUAUUAUUUCAUGCCAGUAGAUUGUAUGGAUGUAAUUUGUAUGGUACGUAUAGGAAAAAAUAUUGUGAUGUGAAUUAGUGCAUAAGUAUUUUUUUGUAUAGAUUGACACAAGUCAAAAAUAUUGCAAUUUUGUGUUUGCCAAAUGAAAAAAUAUAUGCACUUGGAACUAGUUGCUUUAAAUAUAUAGAGGCAGGGAUAAUUUAAUUGGUGCAAUGUUAAUUUUCUUUUACAGUAUUAUUAUUCAGUGGUGUAAACAAGAAGUUUUCAUCAAUAUUGCAAAAUAUUCUGUUAACUAUCUCCAUGAAGUCAAGAUUGUAAUCGGUGAUUAAUAAUUUUUUUUCACUGCCAUUCUUUAAUUUAAAUGUUUUUUAAAAUCAGCCUUAAAAAAAAUUGCCUGCAAUUAUAUUUAGCUCUGUCCGAAUAUCAUAUGUCAUUGUUGACAGCUGAUACUUGUAGAGAAUGUUAUCACAUGAAUCGCAAUUUCUCAAAUUUGAAAUAUGAAUUUUUUAAUUUAAAAAGAAAAUGUCUCUAUCUUUAAUGCCCAGUAUGUAUUUCUGACUGUGAAAGGGACAAGCAUUAGGAAGACAGUCAGAAAUUAUAUGUUCCAUUUCUUUUUUCUCAGUACAACAGAGUAUUUAAUAUUGGGAAAAAAAAAUACAUCGCUUAGAAAAAAUAUCAGAUGUGGUAAUACAACUGAACUCUGAAAAAGUAAUAAAAGUAUGAAAAUUC